AUGGCCGCUCAAGUAAUAGCUGGAAUACCCCCAGUUACUCUGCUCAUAGAGGAAGGGCUCCGCCUGUACAGCAGGGAUGAUGACAAGCUUCGUACUACCAGGUUGCUGGAAAGAAGCACAACUUUGGAGAAAUGGCAGCGUGUGUGGAGCGACCACUCAGAGACGGAAAUGUGGAGCAAGACUCUGAUCCCGGACGUAAGACAGUGGGUUAGCUGUAAACAUCGAAGGCUAGACUUCUACUUGACCCAGUUUCUAUCGGGCCAUGGAUACUUUGGGGAUUACACCAAAAGAAUGGGAAUCACGAAGGGCAGCAUCUGCGGUUAUUGCGGAGAGGAGGACUCCCCGGAGCACACAAUCUUUGUGUGUCAAAGAUGGGCCGCAUGGAGGAGCAAUACAGAGUCAGUUAUUGGUGCGGAGGUCAAUAGCAGAAGCAUCACCAUACUCAUGAUGAAAAGUAAGGAGAACUGA